UGUUUACACAUAUCGGGGAAAAACAUAAGCAGACAGUGAACUCACUUCUUGAGGCAUUGCAUGGCCUGUUGUAGCUCAUAUAAAGCAAAUCAUUGAAAUUAGUGUGUAGUGUGUGUUGGGAGACUGUGGUUACCUAAAAUAUUUUGAGGAACUUGUACCAUGGAGCGAUGGGUGGGACAGACCGCGAUUGUGACUGGUGCUGGGUCAGGCAUCGGUGCUGCUACUGCGGCUGCUUUGGCCGAGGCGGGUCUGAGGGUCGUCGCUGUCGACAUAGCCAGUGAGAACGCUAUCACCGAUUACCUGAGUCCGCUGUUGAAGCCCGAAUCUCUGAAGAACGUGAUCCCGAAGCAGGUGGAUGUGACGGACCACAAGCGCCUCGAAGAGCUGUUUUGCUGGAUUGACAAGUUUGGGGGCGUGAGCGUCCUCGUCAGCUGUGCUGGGGUCAUGUUCCCUGGGCAAGUCACUGACGUGGGCAAAGACGUCGUGAGCGCGGAAAAGCUGAUCCGAACGCUAGACGUGAACACCAAAGGGGUGAUCCUGUGCUCUAAGUUUGCUGUCGCCUCCAUGAAAAAGCGAGGCAUCGACGGCCACAUCGUCAACAUUAACAGGUAACAAUACUCACAAUUACUCAGAAACUGAUCCGGACGCUGGACGUGAACACCAAAGGGGUGAUCCUGUACUCCAAGUUCGCUGUCGCGUCCGUGAAGAAGCGAGGCAUCGAUGGCCACAUCGUGAACAUUAACAGGUAACAACUGAGAAACUGAGCCGAACGCUGGACGUGACCACCAAAGGGAUGAUCCUGUGCUCCAAGUUCGCUGUCGC